AUGCUGAAUUAUACCCUGAGCAACAUAUGCGGGUGCGUGUACACCGGGGGGAAAAUCCGCUUUAGCGGAGAUGGCAACUCUCUCUUCGUGCCAGUGAACAACCGAAUCAACGUCUACGAUCUGAACAACAAUAAAUGCAACACGCUACGGUCAGAAAGCAAAAAUGAUUUGAGGCAUGUAAUAAUUCAUCCGAACAUGGAAAUAGCGAUAACGAUAGAUAAGUUUGAGUACGGGUGCAUAUUAAACCUGUUAAAGGAUCAGAUAAUGUCUCGGAUACUUUUCAAAUCGAAGACAGGGAUUGUAACUUCUUUUAAUUACGAGAAUAUGUUUUCUCCUCAGGAAGAGCAGGAUUCGGUAAAUUGCGCAUUGUUUACACACAGAGGGGAGUACUUCCUACUUGGCAUCGGGAGGAGAGUCGUUAUAUGGAAAAGCCCGAACAGGAAGAAUAACUACAGGUUGGUUAAAUACAACGACAUUUGCUACCACUCGAUGAAUAUAACGUGGAUUGAUGUGUCGGAGGAUGACCGCUUCUUCUUAACAUGCUCAUAUGACCUAACCAUUCGGAUCCAUACUGUGGAGAAGAAGCGGAAGGUGCGGCCCACCGUUUUGGGCGGUAACAAGAGCAUUAUCGUGGCGGCUUUCUUUUCCAAGGGGGGGGAUUUCAUCUUCAGUGUGAACAAGUCUGGCCUGAUUUUGGUCUGGUCGUACGAGGGUGAAGAGCUCGGCGAAACGAUCGGCGAAAAGGUCGUCGAAAAGGUCGUCGAAAAGGUCGGCGAAACGAUCGGCGACGUGACAGAAGAAGCGUCUGAAGAGCCAUUGUCCGCAUUGUCCGCAUUGUCCGCAUUGUCGGGCCCCACCAAGGCAUUCACGAGGAGGUGGCGACAGAAGAAGGUAUACUUCUGCAACCAGGAGAAGGGUGAGGAGGUAACGAGCGUAUGUUUCAAUAGAGAGCACUGUCUGCUGGUUAUUGCCUACUCAAGUGGGCGGUUCGGAAUUUACAGUGCGCCUGACAUGACAUCCCUAUACACGAUAAGCAUAAACGCAUGUACGAUAGACGACAUUACCAUUAGUAGCGAUGGGCAAUGGAUAGCCCUUGCGGAGGCGAACAAUGGCACCAUCAUUGUUUGGGAGUGGAAGAGCGAAAGUUAUAUUCUGAAACAAAGUACCACUAGCAGGAAUGUCAUGUGUGUGAAAUUCUCACCCAUCAUUAGUCACCUGAAGAUAGGGAGUCACGUUGUAGAAACGGCAAAUGCCUAUCAUGAGAGUGAAAAUUUUACAAGUAAAUUUGUUAUCGUCACGGGUAAUGAAGACGGUAGUGUUCGUUUGUAUGAUUACGUUAGUUAUAUGAACUUUGUUACCUUUUCUGUUCACACAGAUGCAGUAACCGAUGUGUGUUUUCUCCCCCAGGGGAAUGCGUUUGUAUCCUGCUCACUGGAUGGUACAGUUCGUGCGUUCGACUUGUUGAGGUAUCGGAACUUUAAGGUGUACACGGCGUGUGGACUAGACGAGGAUAUCACAAGUGGCAGUGUUGCUCCCCCGGAACUGCGGGUCCAGUUCCUAUGUGUGAGCGUGAAUCUAAGUGGGAAUAUUGUGGCUGCGGGGGGUAGAGGCACAGAGUACGUCGUAUACAUUUGGAACGUGCAAACGGCUAAAUGUAUCGACAAGUUGUACGGACACAAUUCGCCAAUUAUUAAAGUUUGUUUCAGCACGAGCCUCAAAAAUGAAGGCAUAAUAGCUAGUUGUUCGUGGAGCAAGAAGGUACUACUGUGGGAUCUAUACGCAAGAAGGAACAAAGGAAGCAAGUUCGAAGAGAUGGUAAAUUCACAUGAUGUUUCCUACAUGUGUUUUGACCCCAGAGGAAAUGACAUACUAGCUAUUUGCACCAUGAGUUGUAAGAUCCUCUUCUGGGAUGUGAAUUCUCAAGAAAUUAUUGGCACGGUGGAAGGAGCCAGGGACAUUAAGAGGGGACGAUUCAUUGGACAACAAUAUUCAUCCAUUCCGAGGAUGAACAAGCGGAAGAAAAUAAUGAAUGGGAAUCAUGGAGGAAAUGGAAAAGAGGAUGACACUAUGUAUGAGGAUGAAUUGGAAGAUGAAGGAAUCAACUCAGUAGUGAACCAGAAUUGCUACUUUACUGCAGUGGAUUACAUACAAAACGGGAACUACAUAAUUGGGUGCGCAAAUUGUAGCGUGUCUCUUUACAUCUACGAUACGAACUUGUAUGUUCUGAUGAAAAUAAUUGAUCUGACUACAAACUUUUGCGUGGAUGGAAUUAGGAGGGAAAUCUCAAGGAGGUACCUAACUGCCAACGGUACGAACAUUUGUGAGUUCGACCUCAGUGAUGAAGAGGGAGAUAUCUACACCGACAAGUACAGGGUUAUUAAUAGGAAAAAAAAAAAUAAUAUGCUUCCUGGAAGUAUGGAGGAACACUGGAUGGUUAACAAGUUUAAGAAGCAUAAACUUAUGUUGAAUCGGUUGAGCAUCUCCGGUGACGACAGACACGUAGCCGUUGCUUCUAGCGUAGGUUUGUAUGUAUUUACGAAAGACCACCAAUUUCAGUACGUCGUUCCGGUCAGGUGGUGCUCAAAAAGCGAGGAUAGGAAGAACAUAACUUCGGUGGGAAGCGUUUCCUACCGUGGACUUGUGGCUCCCCUACUGUAUGAACCGCAAUAUUUAACAGAACAUGUGAAUGUACGUAAUUUGAAAAUAGCCGUGAGCAGGAAUGAAUACGUGAAGGCAUUCCUCCUAUGUCUGGCUCUAAAUAGUUACGAACACAUGGUAGAGGUGUAUGAGAAGACCCCCUACCACGUGGUUCCCCUGUGUGUGAAAAUUCUAACCAAGCCCUUUGUCUUUUUACUUAUUAAUUUUAUCAAGGUGUUGCUCCUUAACGAUACGAUGAAGCAUAUCCACCUGCAUCUGUGUUAUUUGAAUGCCAUUUUUACGAGUCACUUUAGCAUUUUCGUGAAUUCAGAUUUGGGGGGUCAGGCUUCCCGGGGUGGUGGGGCUAGGGUAGCGUCUCCCCACGCGGCUGAAGAUUAUAGGAACGCGUUGCUCCUCAUACUGAAACAGCUAUUCACGGUGUACAACGGGCUGCAGCACCUCUAUGGGGAUAAUACCCAUGUGUUGCGUUACCUCUGCUCGCAGGGGAUGUAG